GGUGAUUGAAAUAUCAGAGUAUCGCACACAGUUGUAUGAUUAUCUAAAGAAUCGUAUGAUGGCGAUUGCACCCAACCUGACAGUCAUGGUGGGAGAAUUAGUGGGAGCCCGUCUCAUUUCACAUGCAGGAUCUCUGCUGAACUUGGCCAAGCACCCUGCGUCCACCGUUCAGAUUCUCGGGGCAGAGAAAGCUCUGUUCCGCGCUCUGAAAACCCGUCGGGAUACACCCAAAUACGGUCUCAUCUAUCACGCUUCUCUGGUGGGGCAAACCACAGCCAAGAAUAAGGGUAAAAUCUCCAGAAUGCUUGCUGCUAAAACGGCCCUUGCCAUCCGUUAUGAUGCCCUGGGAGAAGAUACCAAUGCGGAGAUGGGAGUGGAAAACAGAGCCAAGCUGGAAGCACGAUUACGCUACCUGGAGGAGAAAGGGAUCAGACGUAUUAGUGGUUCAGGCAAAGCUCUGGCAAGGGCUGAUAAAUAUCAACACAAGAGGUGAGUGUUUCUUCCACAUUGUUUAG